AUGAGAACGCGGUAGCGCUGUAGGUGGGGUUUUAACUUCCAGUUGCGGAAGACAAGAAAAGUCACGAAUUGAAAGUCAAGUCCGAUUUGGACAGAAGUUCCUGCACGUCUCGAUUGGAAGUGCUGUGUUUUGAUUUUUGGACCUAGGUUCGAGGAGAGUUCAAGUAAAAGGCAUUUACUUUCACCUUAAAAAAUCUGACAAACUGAAGCAGUGUGAAGAUGGCAUAUGCAGGUGACCGACUGUAUAAAGAGGUUAUCAGGAAAAUGAUGGGUGAUUUGGCCACAAAAGUCAGAGUGAGAGAAAUCAUAGCUUACUUGCCCUGCCUCACACUUUCUGAUCGGGAGGAGAUAGAAGCUAAAAGAGAAACCCACGGAAACUACAAUGCUAUGAUGGUACUGCUUGAUAACCUACAGAGACGAGAGAACUGGCCUGAUCAGUUUAUCUCAGCACUUCGGACAUGCGAACAGUCGGCUCUGGCUAAUAAGAUCAGUGAAGAAUAUGACAAAAUAAGGGGAAUCCACACCCAGAGAAGAGCCGCUGCUGCUGCUUCGGCUCCUGUCCUUCCUGCUGUUGCAUCCGUCAGUCCUGCAGCACCUCCUGCUCCUGCGCCUGCCCCAGCUGCGGCUGUACCCAGUCCAGCCCUAGCUCCAGCAGAAGCUUCAGCAACAGUGACCACAGCGACAAUCCACAGUGUCCCGCGCUCCACCCCACCCUUGCUCACAACUUCAGUGGAAGCCUCAGCUCAGCCAGCUACUCCACUUAUAAAUUCUCGCCCAGAGCCCUAUUCCACCAUAGCUGCUCCAGCCUCGACUGAAGCCCCUGCUUUAGUUUCAGCCCCAGAUGCCCUAGUACGUGCUCCUCCUGAAUCAGCCCAACCUGCUGAACCCCCAUUGUCGGUCUUGGCUUCAGAUGCAAGGCCCCCUUCUCCAGUCUCUGCUCCUACGUUGACCGCCUCUAUUGGGCAAAGUGAAGUCCCAGGUACUUCUGCCCCUAUAAAUUCUUCCCCAGAGUCCUGUUCUAACAUUGCUUCUCCAGCCAUGACUGAAGCCCCUGCCUUAGUUUCAGCCCUAGAGAAUUCAGUACAGCCUCAUCGUAAACCAGCCCACCCCGCAGAACCCCCACUGUUAGUGUUAGUGCCACAUGCAAUUCCCCCUUCUCCAGUCUCUGCUCCUGAGGUAACCCCCUCUGUUGGGCAACGUGAAGUCCCAGUCGACGCUAGAAAAACACCCACACUGGAUAUCUCAGGUGGCCUCACUAAUACUGCCCUUUCUGGACCAUCUUCAAUUACUGCAUGUACCCUUUCAACUUCACCUCAAAAGAGCAAUGUUCCAGUGGCAGUCGUAGAGAGCUCCAGUUAUGUGAAACACCCCAUCCAAGACACAAGUCCUCAUGGGACUGUCUUAGGACAGGACUCACAGAACAACCCAACAAUCACUCAGGUUGUACACACUGCAGUGUCGCCAAACUGCCAGACUCAGGAAACAUCCCAGAGAACAGCACAGGCCACACCUUCAGCAUCUACAGAUGCCGUUGCUGGUGGCUUGUCCAACUUAGCAGCAGAAAAUGAAGAGAAUUUUAGCAAGCCUGAUGUCCUAAGAGGAGAGGAACCCUUCUCAGUCAGUUCUGACCGUCUGCAGAUCAGCCAUAUGACCAUGGAACGCUCACCAUUCCAACCUCAAGCCAUGCCAAACACCUACAGGGCUGAAGAACCUGUUGAUGAGUCUGUGUCAGUCACUACUGAUGAUCUGAUGUUCAGCUCUUCUACCACAGCUGUUCUGUCACAGCAUGUUUCUGAUCCUGUAGUCCCUGUUCAAAACUCUGCUCCUAGGCCACUGGAAAAUGGCUUUCAAGAAGUUCCCUGUCCCAAUCAGCCAGUGGAGGACCACUAUGAGUCCAUCUGUCAAAGUUUGCAGACAAGAGUGCACAUUGUUAAGGUUUCUGAAGGGCGAUCAGUCCAAAAUCUCAGUGGUCAGCCUCCAAGCAUGGUUAGACCAACUACAGCAAGAUUAAACGACAAUGGUGAAACUAAGAGUAUUGUUCAGUCUAUUUCUAAAGAUCAACCUAGCUGUCACAUCCAGGACACCUCACAGUGCAUACAGGAAAAUAAUGCCAGUGAGCAGGCUAGUCCUUCUGCAGGUUUAACAACCUAUGCAUACACGGGUACCGUACAAAAGUCAGAAUUAAAAGCUUCAGGCCAGAUUAAUGUCCCUCACUCAGAGCAGAGAGAAGAGUCCCAAGGAGUGCUUCAGCGAUUUCAGUCUAACUCGCACCUUAUUGUAGCUGCAGCUGUUUGCAUGGCUGCUGUUUUUGUGGCCUGGAGGCUCAAGUAAUAAUAUCGGAGCUGCUAUGUGCCACCACUGGUGCCUUAAAACAUGACCAAGUUGUCUUAGCAUACCGCAGGAUUGCUCUGGCCAUGUUUUUUAUUUAUUACAUUUACACUAUAUUAUGUCCUGUAACUGACCAGGAUUCACUGACCAAGGAACUAACCAGCCCUGUGCUUGUGAUGAUCAUGUGGAGAUUUAAAUCAGUGAUUAAACAAGUAAACCUAUUAUUUACCACUUUGAUUUCAAACUUACUAACUGCUAGUUAACUCAGCUGCAUGUGAAUCAUGUAAUCAAUUAAAGCUAGUACUUGUGUGAUCUAUGCAAUUACACAUUUUAUUUAAUUCAAGCCAUUUCAGUCAGCCAGUCUGUGUUAAUAUUAAGUAUACUGCCUCACAAAACAUUCAUUUCCUGUGGCUCCUUCUGCAAUAUACUGCAUUCUAAUGUUGACUGUCUUACAGACAUCAUCUAGAAUACAAGUAUGUGUAUAGUAGAAAUCAUUGAAUGUGUUGUCAUUGCAUCUAGUGCAAGGUUACUUAUGCUACAAGCUCAAUAAACUUAACAAACCUUCCCAGUAGAAUCCUAUACUGUCCUUACAGGGGACCCAUUGAAAACCUCUGAAGGUUAUUUUGGGAAAUAAUCAGACAUUAUCACCUCCAAACUGAUCCUUAUACAAAAAGCAUAAAUUUUCUUGUAGUAUAACUAUAUUUUAAUGUGGGGAUUUGCUCUGUGCACUAAAGCUUAAAAACUGAGUACAAUCUUAACUAAAUUUGACUGUGAAUGCAGGGCUUUUUUUCAAAGCCCUAUGGUUAUACAAGUGAAUAACGAAAGUUGAGUUAUUUAACUUAUAUUGCCACAUCAUAUACAGGGUGGCCAAAUUUGUACAGCUAUAUCAGCUAUGCUAUUUCAAAUCAACAUCAAGUAUGAUUCCAUAUCCUAAUUCACCUUAAUAUAGUUUAUGUGUAGACUCAUGCUCAAUUACAAAAGGUCAUUAUAAAUUUGCAGCCUUGUUCGGUAUUUUAAAGUUUUCACCAAAAAACACUGUGUAGAGGUACAUAUGAUAUAUUUAUAGCAUCUAGACCAUUGCACAUGCAUUUGCCAACCAUGUAAAAUUAAUGCCUGUCUCUCUAUGUAAUGUGAUGCUGAUAAGUAUCACCUUAGUUUGCAAAUUCACUAGGAUAUAUAAGCCUUUCCUGGUUGCACUCUAUUAAUGAAAUUGAGAUUGUAUACACUGAGUUUUCAUUUUAUUUAUGUACACCUUGAAUUUUGUGGCUACUUUUUAGGAAUAAAAUUAAAAGCUGUUCAUAUGCACUGUUCAUAUGCACUGUCAGCUACCCUCUGACCUGUCCAGGAAUGGACAGAGCACCACUGAGCAGACAUUAAGUGGGUGAUGGGGCAAAUUCAGCAUGUAAUUUUAGGGUUUGAGACAUUACUGGAAUUAUUAAACACCUGAGGGAUUAAGAAUAGACCACUAACACAAAGAUCUAGCCAGUAGCAGCCCUGUGUUCAGAAUCCGAACUGAUGAAGGGCAAGAGGACAAUCAACACAGUGAAUGGAAAAAAGACCUAAUCUCUAGCUGUAGACAUAGUAGGACUUUCUAGAAGCCAGUAAGUGUACACUGUGUUUCUCACAUUUAAUGUUGCACCACACAAAUAAUAUCUGCUCAUUGGUGGUUCUGUAAUGGUCUGUUUUUAUUAAUGGAUGGGUUAGAGGUUAACUGACAAACUGCCUAGCAACAGACGGGCUACAGUCAGUAAUUUUAUACCUACAAAGUGCAUAUGCUGCAUGGGCAUGAAUAAACAGCCAGUAAUUGUAGUUACAAAGCAGGUAUACCAAUAAAGUAACAAUUUGAUAGGUGUAGCUAUAAAGUAGCAACUUAGUUUAUGUUCUUUAUGUGUUUUUUGUUUGUUUGUUUGUUUUGCUCUAAAUUCAGAUAUAAAUAAACAUGUUUGUGGGAAUUAAUGGGAAUUAAAUAAAAUGGUACCUGCGGAAAA